AAAUAUAUUUUGCUAACCUCUACAACUUAUAUAUUGAUACUGACUACCAAGUAGAGGAUUUAAUUAAUCUACCUGAAAAGUUAGAACCACAUGAAACUUCAUAUAUUUCUAAUAGUAGCCUUCAAUUAACCCAAUACUCUGACCCUACCAAUAUUACUUACUUAGAAGAUAGUUUUUUUAGUGAAAGAUCUAUAUCAUAUCAAUUACCUAUUAGUACUUCUUUACCUAAAUCUGUAAUUUUAAAUCCUAAUUUUAGUACACCUCAUAAAUUAUUUGGUUUUGAAACAGAUCAAAUUCUUGAUCAGAUUAAUAUUGAAGCAAACCCUACUAAAAAGAUCAACUUAGCAGAUAAUAAAGAAACUACCUCUACCAAUCAUUGGGAUACUCUUCUAAAUAAUACUAGUAUUAGAGAAGCCUUAGCAAAUUAUCUGCAAGAUGACUCCAAUAUUGUAAAUCUGGUAUACUCUAAUAGACCACAAACUAUUCCUGUGAAAUAUCAAACAACCAUUUCUAAUAAACCAUUUACAGCUAUUAUUGAUAGUGAAGCUGCUAUUAGUAUGAUUAUCCAACAAGCUGCCAAAGAAAUUAGAUUGGAAAUAGACAUUCUUUCUAAUAGUUUAAUUUCAUCUGUACUUGGAAAACAAGUUAGACCUCUAGGUGUUAUUAAGAAUGUUCCUGUAAAAAUUGCAGGAAUUACUAUUCUUAUCUCCAUAGAAAUUUAUAACCAGGCUAUAGAAGGACAACCUAUAGUCAGUAAAGUAGAUGAUGACUGGGAAGAAGAAUAUAAGGAUAAAGAAUUAAUCUCUCAUGAGGUCUAUACUUUAGAAACAGAAUCUAAUAAUAUUGAAGAUUCAGGAUGGACUAUAUAUCAACAAAAACCAAAAAUCUCUCGCAAGAAAAACCAGAAAUAUCGAACCUGUAGACAAACUGAUCACUACUUUGAAGAUUGCCAAUAUAAUAAAUAUUGGUGA